ACAUGUCUCUACAAACAAACCAACGCGGAGCAGCAUACCAAAAAGUCCACAAAUCACUCGCGCGAGCACGUCUAUCUCAAUUCUCAACGCGUUCCCAUCCCCCUUUUCCCUCCGGUACAGCCUCCAAAAUCGCCGCCUCCGACCGCCGAAAUUUGGCCGCUCCGCCGCCAAUUAACGCCGGGAACCAACCUUCCCGUCCACCGCCUGCGCGUGUGUCGGGUCGGCGGAGCUGCAAGUGGCUUGACGGUCGUGUGGUCCACGCUAUCCGGUGACGGUGCCGCCCUGCCGUGAUGGUUCUCGCGUGUGGCCGCCGGUGCCGCCAAGGAUCGUCGGGCGAGAUCCAUUAGGACACGGCGUUCAGCGUGCCGACCACUCCUCCUCUUCUCCGGCGAGGAGACUGGCCUGGGCGCCUGGUUGCCGCGCAAGUCGUGGUCACCGCCUCCUUCCUGGAUCUAGUGGCUGCAAUUAGCGGUACUGUCCACGGCCAUCGCGGUCGCGGCACCCAGCGACCAAGCACCGAAGCACGCUUGGCAACACCCGCGUAUCUUCGUCGCCGUCGAGCGGCAUCCAGGAUCUGCGGAACUCCCAGGAGACAGAGAGCCAGAAGAGGACAGAAAGAUAGAAGAGAAAGAAAUCUCUGCCGGUCCCACUCCUGACCGGUUGCUUUUCUACGUACUCUCCUUUUCUCCUGUCUCCCGGUGCUCACACUAGUAUACAAGAAGAAAACAAACUCUAGAGACCUUCAGAGAACAUACAAUGUCCAACUUUGCGCUUGGGUUGACCAAGACGGCAGUGGAGGGGACAUUGAGCAGGGUCCAGUUAGCGAUCGAUGAAGAGAACAAGCUGAGGGAGACGGCAAAGCAAGACCUGCGGUAUAUCACAGCUGAAUUUCAGAUGAUGCAAUCCUUUCUAAAGGUUGCUAACAAGGGGCGUGCUAGUAAUGAAGUGGUGAAGCAGCUCCGAGACCUUGCUUUUGAUGUCGAAGACUGCGUUGAGUUUGUUGUUCAUCUGGACAACAACGAGUCGUCCUUGACCUGGUUGUGGCGCCUGCUGCCGUCCUGCAUGGCACCGCCUCAGACUCGGGACCUGGACAAGGCAGUCGCUGAGUUAAAGGUGCUCAAGGCAAGGGUCGAGGAUGCAAGCCAGAGGAACACACGCUACAACCUCAUCAGUGAUGCCGGCUCCCAAGCCGAUACCACCACGCCGACCGAGCAGGCCUCUCUGUCCACCAUCAACCCAUCCGCAUUCCACAUGCUAACUGAGGUCUGGGAGGCUGCUGGGAAGCGACGCGGCAUGAGCAACCUACAGGACUUGAUCAUGGGUGAAGGCAGUGACCUUCAAAUGAUCUCCAUAUGGGGAAGUACGGCAGCUGAUUUUGGGACAGCGUCCAUUUUCAGCAUGUUGUAUGGCGACCCAGAAAUCUGCCGAGCAUUCAGAAGACGUGCAUGGGUAAAGUUGAUGCAUCCUUUCAAACCUGACGAGUUCCUCAAGAGUUUGCUGACUCAGUUCUACGUGAGAUCUCACCAAGAAAACAUAGAUGUAGAUCAUCUCACGAAGGCUGAGCUCAUGCAACAAGUGAAGGUGCACAAGUAUCUCAUCAUUCUAGAAGAAGUAUCCGGUGUGGCGGACUGGGAUGCCAUCCGAGAGUACCUGCCGGACAAUGAGAAUGGCAGCCGAAUCAUCGUGUCCACAAAGCAAUUAAGGAAUGCACUCUUGUGCACAGGGGGCGGGGAGUACCAAGUUUCAGAGCUCAGGAGAUUCUCUGAUGAUCAAUCUCUUUGUGCCUUCUCCAAGAAGGCAGGGCGUCACAGUGGUAUGCACGAUCUUAUUUGGCAAAUAAGGUGUCGUGGUGUGAUUUCACUAUGGGGGAUUAGCUAUGCCAAAUCAUCACUCAUCAAUAAAAUUUACACCAGCAUAGUGUAUAAGAGUAAACAAUUCGAUGGAGUUGAAUUUCAACGACACAGCUGGGUGGACGUGCCCGCUCCUUUCAAUUUUGGGGUCUUCUCUCGGCGCUUACUUGUAAGUUUCCGCUCAGAAGAUCUUCAAGCCGAAGAAAUUGCAAGGGUUGGUAUGAUGGGAGCCAGGCCUAACUCAAGAGUGUUGCAAGUUUCUGCAUGAAACGAUUGCCUCGUUGUUGAUCUGCAGUCCACACAUGACUGGGACUUGAUAAAAACUGCUUUCUUGUCCGAGCCUAUUAAAGGAUGUAUUCUUAUCAUUACAAAUGAAUCAAGUGUUGCCACACAUUGCGUAGAGGAGGAAGAUGGGGUUCUCAACAUCGAAGAUUUGAAAGCCCACACUAUGCUUCACCCCUUGAUAAAGGAUUGCCAAAACUAUGGAAUUAGAGGGAAGGAGGCUACUCACAGGGGUCGCCUUUUCUCCAUCAGAUUGGGGGAGACGCGUGAAUGGUUCACAAAAUUUGGACACAUGUAUCGGGAAGAAGUGAGGGACCUUUGGUUUCUUUUAGACAAUCCUGGUGUGAGCUCGUUGUGGGGACCUGCUGGUGCUGGGUUAUCAACUCUUGUUAGAAUCUUGUACUACAAGGUAAUGCUUAGGUCUGAUGCUUCUUGGGAGUGGGAAUAUCAAGAGAGGCCAGUUAACUGGGAAGAGAAAAUUACAAUGUUUAGCUGGGUUGAUGUGCCCCAUCCUUUCAAUUUAAAAGACUUCUGUUGGCGCUUGUUACUGGAUUUUCGUUCAGAUGAUCUUCGAGCCAAGAAAAUUGCUGCAGUUGGUAUAAUGGAAGGCCAAGACCCAAUUCAACAGUGUUCUAAGAUUCUGCGUGAAGACGAAUGUGUCAUCGUUAUUGAUGGUCUACGGUUCACCGAUGAUUGGGAUUUGAUAAAAUCUGCCAUAUUACCUGACCCAAUUACCAGCCAUAUUAUUGUCAUUGCAAAUGCUGCAAGUGUUGCCACACAUUGCGUAGAUAAGGAAGAUCGAGUGAUCAAGAUAAAUUGUCUAGAAGCUGAUAUGGCCAUUGGUCCCCCGAUAAAGGGUUGUGCUUCUCGUGUAUUCUCCAACAGGAGAGCAGAGGCACGUGCCUUGGUCAACACAUUUACACUUCUUGGGCAUCAGAAUCGAUCAGCUGCUGACCUUCGCUGCAGUUUAGAUUCCUCAGGUCCUAGUGUGUCCUCGUUGUGGGGAAUUGCUGGUGUGGGGAAGUCAGCCGUGGUCAGAAGUCUGUACAGCCACCUGUUGCUUGGACUGGAUCAAUAUUUCAAGUUUGGCAGCGGACACAACCUCACUGAUCUCCGGACGGAAUUUACAAUGUGCAGUUGGGCAGACGUGCGUCAUCCAUUUAAUUUGACUGACUUGGCUUGGCAUUUGCUCCUGGAUUUUCAUUCAGAUGAUUUUCAAGCUAAGGAAAAGGCAGCAAUUGGUAUCAUUGAAGGGCAAGAUCCGGUUCAAGAGUGUCGUAGAAUUCUGUCUGAAUACAGAAGUCUCGUUGUUAUCGAUGGCUUACGGUCUAGAGAGGAUUGGGACUUGAUAAAAGCCGCCUUCGUACCCGAUUCUACGAAUGCAUGUAUCAUUGUAAUUACAAAUGAAGCAAGCGUGGCUACACAUUGUGUAGAUAAGGAAGAUGGAGCGGUCAAUGUCAAAUGUCUUGAAGCUGACAUGGCGCUCAUUCUCUUCAAACAGAUCACAAAGGAUGGGAUAGAAUUGACUCCUGACGAGAUGGAGCUCUCCAAAGUUACCGUAGGCAGAUGUGGUGGGAUUCCUAAAGUUAUUGCUACUAUAGGCCAACUCUUCACCAAAGAGAAUGCCGCUAGAAGGCACUGGUCUGUAUCGGCCACAGAUUUGUUGAAGGAGAUAAAUGAUGACUUUAUGCACAAGUUGGAGACCGAUCAAGAAUUUCACAGUUUAAGGGAUCUAUUCUCUUGGAUGCGGUCCUACUUUGAUGGUUGCUCAGAUUCCCUCAAGCCAUGUAUUUUCUAUCUGUCAAUCUUCCCUCCAGAGCAGAAGCUAAGGCAGAGGCAUUUGUUGAGGCGGUGGAUUGCUGAGGGUUAUUGCAGGGACACGUAUAAUGCUACUGCAGAGGAGAAUGGGCAGAGAUUGUUCAUGGAACUCGUUAGUUUGAGCAUAAUCCAACGAUGUCAGAAGACGAUGAAGUGCCUAUACCAAGUCAAUGGUUUCUUUCAUGAAUACAUCAUUUCACGGCGAAUGGAAGACAACCUUGUCUUUGCACUAAAGGGGAAUUGCAGCCCGAACUCGCAACAUGCAGGUCAACACCUCACCAUAAGGGAGGACUGGGACAGGGACAUCACAGUGUUUAAGACCAUGGAUUUCUCACGUCUACGGUCCUUGACUGUGUUUGGGAAGUGGAUCUCAUUCUUCCUCUCCUCUGACAUGAGUCUACUUCGGGUGUUAGAUAUGGCGGACACAUCAGGUAUACUAGAUGCUGACCUUGAGCAGAUCGUGAAGGUGCUACCUCGUCUUAAGUUUCUCUCUCUGCGAGGAUGCAAAGAGAUAAGCCAUCUACCAGAAUCAUUUGGUGGCCUGAGGCAGCUGGAAACUUUGGAUGUCAGAGACACCUCAAUUGCCAUGCUACCAUCGUGUGUCAUCAAGCUACAGAAGUUGCAAUACAUUCGUGGUGGCACCAUCAUAUCAUCAGAUGAAGGUGAUGAAUCUGUUGCAAGUGUACCAACAACAAACGUAGAACAAACAUCAUUGCCACCGGAGGGCAGUGAUGACAUGGUCACAACACUACCGGAAACAACAGAGGAGGUUCAGAUAUCAGCACCACCUGAAGGUAGUGAUGACGUGGUCACAACACUACCGGAAACAACAGAUGAGGUUCAGAUAUCAACACCACCUGAAGGUAGUGAUGACGUGGUCACAACUCUGCCGGAAACUACAGAUGAGGUUCAGAUAUCAACACCACCUGAAGGUAGUGAUGACGUGGUCACAACUCUGCCGGAAACUACAGAGGAGAUUCAGACAUCAACACUACCAGAAACGAGAACAGAGGUUCAGACAUCAACAUCACCUGAGGGCAAUGAUGACAUGGUCACAGCACUACCGGAAACAACAGAUUUUCAGACAUCAACACGGUUGUCAUGGAGCUACCGGCCAUGUAGUUUGGUGUCUAGCUGGUUAUCCAAGUUGCGCAGACGCCGACUUGAUAAUGAUGGUGCUGAGGUUCCUGCAGGGAUUGGGAGCAUGACAGCCUUGCAUACUAUUGGUGUUGUGAAUGUCAAUAUUCCUAAUGGAAAGGCAAUCCUAAAGGAGCUUCAGAACCUUACACAACUGCGCAAGCUCCGCGUUUCUGGCAUAAACAGGCAGAACAUACAAGAAUUGUGUAAUUUCAUCUCCGGCCACAAGCAUCUGGAGUCCUUGUCAGUGCGACUCGAUAAGGAUAAGGAUAAGGAGGGGUCAUUUGCUUGUUUCGGUGACAUGAUUUCCCAGCCACCCAAGACCCUAAAGAGCGUUAAGCUGUACGGACAUGUAAACAAACUGCCAAUUUGGAUCAAACAGCUUCAUAAUCUCAAGAAGUUUUAUCUUGAGUUGACUAUACUAGUGCCGGAGGACAUGCACUUCUUUGGUGAAUUGCCAGAUAUAUAUUGCUUACAUCGCCUUUGUGUCAAGCCGAUUCAAGAUGGUGAACUCCAUUUUAGCACCCUGGGAGAUGUUAUCUUUUGGAGAUUACGGGUCCUAGAGAUCAAUUGCACCUCCAAGUUACUGGUAACUUUUGUAGAGCCGGUGAUUUGGGAAACUGUGGUGCUGAAGAUUCACUGCUCUGGUGGGGCGUCCUUGCAGAUUUCUGGAGUAGAGCAUCUACUUAGUCUCAAAGAACUGUGGCUAAAGGGUUCCUACAGCGACGAACUGAAACGAGAGUUACAAGAACAAGUUUCCAAGCAUGAAAAUAAACCUGUCUUGAAGCUAGUGCAGCGACACUCGCCCUAAUAGGCUCUCUCUAUACGUGUGUUGUUAUUUCUGUACUUGUAAGCUGUAACAAAUCCUGUAGGAAGGAGUAUGUUCUGCAUUGGUAUCGACUUUGCACUCAUAUAUAUGAACUUCUGACAAAAAAAUGUUCUUAUGUUGUCUGUAUUUGUUUGUGCUCUGGCACUUAUGCCGAUUCUAGAAU